AGCAAAGUGACGCGAUCGCUAAAAUGUCGCUUAACUAACAUAUAAAAGAAAAAAUCCUACCCAAUUCAAAGGCUCUAAAGCAAUACGUAGUGCUUAGAAGUAGUUUAAGCAACUUAAAAAAAUAAAUAUUAAUAGUAUCUUAUUUUUCGCUUAGUUUCCGCACGCGUUGCUGUCGCGUCUGCGAUGCUAAAGAUGGGCCGAUCUAUGCUUCCUAUAUUAAUACUAACAACGGUAGCACUCUCUUCGAGCGAUGUUCUUCCAAUAUUAUUUAACAAAGACUACAUACAGCUGUAUAACGUAGACACCCAGGAUGACAAUACAUAUAAUGAUAGAUAUCAACAUAGUGAUACAACCAAUGAUAUAAUACAUAACAAAAGAACAUCGCAAGAUUACUUAGCUCUACCAAACAAAGAAAUAAAGGCGAUGUACCCCGAUAUCUAUAAUAGAGACAUAAAAGAUAACAGCGAUAGUGCAAACAAAGAGCAAAACUAUGACGACGAAGGAUUCCGGAAAGAACAGUGGCAUAAUUAUCCAAGACAAUUGGAUCGACUCCACAGUACACGUUACAAAGAAGUAGAAGCCGAUAAACUAAAGUCUGAAAAAGACGACGCCCAAACUAUAAAUGGCGACAUUGACGAUUUAACAACUGACGAAAUCAUAUUUGAUACUGGAGAUGGCAACCGUAAUAUUUAUGACACUAUAAUAGCAGCAACUAACCCAUUUUUAAUUCUGAAAGUACAACUAAGUUACUUACGAGAUGAUAAUAAAAAGGAAAAUAAUGAAGAUUUCAACCUUCCACAAUUUCUUUCUGAUUACAAUGAAGAGAGGAAAGAAACGGAUUAUAACAAAGCUCUUUCGGUAGUUCCUGAACCUGUCGCUAACGUUGUAAAAGUAAAAAGAGAAAAACCUCUCAAAAAUAAAAAUAAUGAAAUUUCCGAUGAAGAAUUAUUUGUAACUGAAAAUGGUAACUCGGAUAGGCGGACGGUUAAAAAGCGUAUAUUCUCACUAUGGAGCCGACUACAGAGUCUAUCUCACAGGGGACACGAACUGCACCACAGGCGACAUCUGCACGCGUUCUACGGAUCUCCAGAUAGCAAUAGAAACGGUAUCGUAACCGCACAGACAAGAGCCACGUUUGUACGACCACCGGGCUCACCACUACGAUGGGGCUAAUCACAUGUAGUCACAAGUAAAACUUAAUUAUAAACACCCGACACAAAGAAAUCAAGAAGUACAUAAUAGCUAACGUU